UUCACCUGCAAGAGCUGGCUGGCUUCUUGUGCUAGUGUCCAAAAGAAUAGAUUUGUUGUACUUACUCUGAGCUUCAAUUAUUCUUUUUAUUAAUUUAGUUCAUGACUAAUGACCUGAUAAUGCUGGGGUCAGCUCAAGAGCCAGUGAGAUCCAAUGUCAUGAGAUGUUUAAAGUUCUGGACUGAGAUCCAGGUUCAAAUCUCCAAUGAAACCCACUGUGUGACUUGGAGCCAGUAACUAUCUCUUAGGUCCAAAAAGAAAUAAUCCAGUAUGACACUGCUUUAAGUGCCCUGGCUCAGUGCAGGGCAAACAUGAGAAUUGUAGUUUAUUGUGGCACUAGAACUCUCUGACAGAGAAGGCUAAAUGUCUCACAAAACUAGAGCUCCCAGGAUUCCCGAGCAUCGAGCCAGGACAGUUAAAGCAGUCUCAAACUCAAUUAUUUCUGCCAUGUGUUUAGGACCUUAGUCUAACCUCCUUUACAGGGUUCGUGUGAAGGUAAUGCAUGGAGGAAGAGAGACACAUAGACUGCCUUGAACCAUAUACGCCACCUCAAGCUCAUUGGAAGAAAGGGAAGUUCACAUUUUCCUCUACCUCCUCACAAAGCCUGAAGAAGAACGUUCUUCACUUGGUCAUUUCCACCAACUGACAUUGCUCUCAGGAGAAGAUGAUGUUGUUCUCUUUCUUCUGGGACCACUAAUACAGUAUCAACCCAUUUCUGUGGGAAACUUUUAAUGGUGGGGACACUCACAGGACACUGUUGUUUUUGGUGAAAGAGAUUAACCUAGCUGUUGCAUUGGAAGAGUUCAAUUUAAACAAAGCCUGAUGACUACAGGUUGAUUGUGGAACCAGGAAAACACCUCUGUGGUAACUCAGGUCACCUGAGUACACUUCCCCAGAAUCACUAUAAGCCAUGGCAAAAUCUAAGAGGAAAGAAGAUGCUGUCUUUCUGAGGAAGAAGAUCACCCUCUUAAGGGCUUUCUCACUCCUCAUUGGCAGCAUGGUGGGCAGUGGCAUAUUCAUUUCUCCCAAAGGCGUGUUGAAAAACACAGGCAAUGUGGGUCUCUCCUUAAUCGUCUGGUUUGCCUGUGGACUUCUCUCUAUGUUUGGUGCUUUGAGUUAUGCCGAACUUGGCACACGAAUCACGAAGUCUGGAGGCCAUUACAUCUAUAUCUUGGAGACCCUGGGCCCUCUGCCAGGUUUCUUGUUUCUUUGGGCUGAAUACUUUGCUAUAAGGCCAGCCAAUAGUGCUGUGGUUGCCUUGGCAUUUGGACGCUACAUAUUGGAACCGUUUUUUGCACCCUGCCCGGCUCCGCUGCUGGCUGUGAAAAUUGUUGCUCUUCUUGGCUAUUACAUUGUCCUCAUCUUGAAUUCUUGGAGUGUCAGCUGGAGCGCCAGGAUUCAGACCAUCUUAUCUAUCAUCAAAUUGGCAGCUCUUGCUCUCAUCAUUGUUCCAGGCAUGAUGCUCCUAGCCCAAGGUCACACAGAAAAUUUCCAGGAUGCUUUCAAUACCCAAACACUCGUUCUGGACAAACUGCCACUAGCUUUUUAUGCAGGGAUGUUUGCCUAUUCAGGAUGGUUUCAGACAUGUUUUGUGCGAGAAGAACUAGUAAAGCCAGAACGAAAUAUCCCUCUGGCUGUGAUUGUCUCUGUGAUCACUGUGAUUGUGGGAUAUAUGCUUACUAAUGUUUCCUAUUACACAGUACUGACAGCAGCAGAUGUUCUGGCCUCCCAGGCGGUAGCUGUGAGUUUUGCACGCCAAGCUUUCCAGAGCCUUAUAUCGGUGAUCCCUAUCCUGGUUUCCUUAUCUUGCUUUGGAACCAUGAAUGGAGGAAUUUUUACAUUUUCAAGGACAUUGUUUGUGGCUUCAAGGGAAGGUCAGUGGCCUCUCCUCUUCUCCAUGAUCCAUAUUCAAAGGCAUACACCCCUGCCAGCAGUUUUGCUGAUGUUCCCUUUGGUCACAGCCAUGAUUUGUGUAGGAGAUCUUUACCACCUAUUGAACUUCUUCAGUUUCUCCAGGUGGCUUUUCAUAGGACUGGCCACCCUUGGGCUUAUAGUUCAUCGUUACCGUCAUCCUGAGAUACUGAGUCCAUUCAAGGUUCCUCUCUUCAUCCCAGUUUCCUUUACAAUCAUCUGCCUUUUCACUGUGGGAAUGUCGUUCUAUUCAGACCCAAUCAGCAUCAGUAUUGGAUGUGCUAUGGUUUUAAGUGGCUUUCCAGUUUACUACUUGCUCAUUAAUGGAUCAAUGCCAAAUUGGUGCCGUGCCACAUUCUAUUAUCUUACAUUGAAGCUUCAAAUUCUCUUGAAGGUGGUGCAACAAGAGAUCAGGACUUACUAAGAAGCAUGAAAGGGGAUCAAACUAAAACAAUCUAGACCAUGUACUUUGAAACUCCAGUUUUGUAAAGGCUUCUCUAUUAGCGUACAUUUAAUGUCACACUUUACAGCAUAUCUGUAUGGGGGCCAGUGUGGGAUAAUGGUUUGAGUACUGGACUACAACUCUGGAGACCAGGGUUCAAUUCCCAGCUCAGCCAUGAAACCCACCGGGUGACUUUGGGCAAGUCACACUCUCUCAGACUCAUGGGAAGGCAAUGGCACACCUCCUCUGAGUAAAUCUUGCCAAGAAAUCCCCAUGAUAGGUUGUCCUUACAGUCACCAUAUGUCUGAAAUGACUUGAAGGCACACAACAACAAUAUAGGAGCUACUGAUUGCUUCUUCCAUAUGUAUGGUGCUCUAACACCAAACAGAUAGUUCCCAAUAGGUCAAAGGGGCAAAAAAGCUAGUGUGUUCAGCCAUGCCUUAAACUGAGUUAGAGAUGCCCAUAAGCCAUGCUGGUUCUGAUAUAAUUCUCAUCUGCCAUGUGGAUGGACAUGAGUGGAUCUAGCAUUCCAAGACAGACUCAUACAUUUGAAUCCAUACCCAGUCUCUAAAUCAGUGGUCCCCAAAGUGUGCCCUUUAAGAUUUUUUAGACUUCAGCUCUCAGAAGCCUCAUCUCAGCUCUCAGAAGCCUCAGAAGCUGAAGCCCAAAAUCCCUUAAAAAUCACAGUUUGGGGACCACUGCUCUAAAUCUUGGCUGUGUUGAGUCAAUAACUCUACGUGGAUUUUAAGUGAUACUGUACACAGCUCAGAAAAAUAAGAGGGUGAAAGGGUGGAUGGAAGCUCACAAUCCUUUGCAUGGUAAAAUAAGGGGAAUAUUUCCUUCAAGUGAAAUUGACCUUUCCAUAGACAAGUGACUUCUGGCCAUGCCAAUUUCACACCUACUUUUAAGUCUAUGGGAUGGAUGGAACAUGUGCAAGGUCUGAUGGAUGGAGCAAUUUUGUUUUCUGUUGCAGCAGAGGGUAAGGGCAUGUUUUGGUUUCAAAUUACAAGAAAAGGAUUCAGCCUAAACAUUAGGAAGAAAUUACUGAUAGUUUGGGGUCUGGGUUUCGAGUAGAACAGACUGCUUUGAAAUAUGGCUGGCUCUUCUUUAUUAGAGGUUUUUAAAAUGUUGCCAGAAGUGACAGGGCUGAAGAGAAGGGAUAGAGGGGAAAAAGUUAAAAACAGCAUUGAACUUAAAGUCCUUUUGACCUAAGGGAGCAACAGUCAGAGAUAAUCAGACCUGGCUAUGUAUUGGGAAACUAAAAGUGGAUUUCUGGCAUUAGCAAGGGCUGCUCUAGAUGUCCUUUGAGGCUCCUUCCUAUUUUGUGAAUUAGGAAUGUAAAGUUGCAUCCAGAACUCAGAAGAAAUUACAGUAGUUACCAGUCAUACCAGUACGUAUAACAAGUUAAUUUUUCAUAUGACAUGAAGGUACUUUUCAAAUAACAAGGGGGUCAGGAUGUAAUUCUUCAUUAAUUUUCAUCUCAAAGGAAGCAACAAGUAAUUUUAGCAAUUUUCUUCCUCCUGCAAGAAGAUAUUUGAAAACUAUGCAGUUUUCAAAGCUUAUUCACAAUUCAGAGCUUUUUCUGUGUAAAAUUAGCACUUGGCUGUUUUGCAGAGAAAAAAGUGUUUUCUGCACAGAAAAUUCUGUUUUUAUGCAUAUUAACCAUAUAUGAAUCAUGUACAGACAUUUUCCCCAAUUACAGGAUUUUCUGAUCAGAAAAUGCUGCUCAGAAAUAUGGUUUUAUUGCCCAGAAAAUGCUGUUUCUGUAUAAAUCAACUAUGUGCAAAUUUUGUGCAGAGUAAAUCCUGAACUGUGAAGAUUCUUGCAAUUUAGGAUUCUUGCCAUCAGAGUUUGACACUUAAAAACAUGUUUUGGAAGAUUUUCAGAUAUUCUUUCUUCCCUACAAUGGUGUAGUUAAGUUACACACAGACAAAGGAGAAGUUACUUUAUCAUGCAACAAGUGAUGGUUUGUAAUUACUUUUGAAAGUUACUUUUACAAUAUUUUAAAAGAACAUUCUGACAGGAUUUUUUUCAAGUUUUACAACAUUUUUCUUAUAAAUACUGUUCUUUCCUCUCAAAAAGGGAACGGGAAGCAAUGGGUAAGCAACACAUAUUUCAACAAAUAAGAGGUACGUAAUCAAUAUUGUUACGGGUAACAAUAACAGAUUACUUGUCAAACACUGUAAGAAGUUCUUCCAUCCAUGGCUGGCCCUGCUGUAGGGGCAGUACAUACUGGUGUGUUUGUGUGUAGAGAGUGGUGGGAGGAUAGUCCCCUAGUUUCUGUGUGGAAGCAGGGAACCCCAUAGCUUGCUCUGAGACCUCAAAGCUAGCUGCUGUCUUUAAGUGUAGUACAGGACACUUUCUCAUGACUGUGUCCAGAAGCGGGGGAAAGUUACUUUUUGGGACAGCAAUUCCCAAUGGCCAAGGUCUCUGAAAUUUUCUGGAAGUUGUACAGUGCACCUGUGUUAUACGUGGGCACACCAUACACAGCUUCCAGCAUACACUGGAAGAAGCCUCGGUGCGCCCGGAAGAAGUAAAGGGGUGCACGCCGUGGGUACGAACCUCAAUGGUUCCUGAAUUUCAAUUUUAAAAGGCAUAGCGUAUAUAGCCUGAACUCUCCCUAGAAGCCAAAAUGACCAAACUGAAGUUAUCAUACUUUGGACAUAUAAUGAGAUGGCAUGACUUAUUAGAAAAGAUAGAAAUGCUUAGUAAAGUGGAAGGUAGUUGAAAAAGAAGACCAGAUUACAUGUUCGCAGACUCAGAAUCUUAUAUGAGAAAAGAAAGACGAAAUAGAAUUGGAGAGUAUUGGCUUUCCCCUGUCUCUCUGCAUGAUGUUGUAGCACUUCCAUUCUCUUUCUGAGGGAGACAAUAAUAAAAGCGUGCCUUUUCUUGUGCUGGGAAGAUCCAUUCGUCAAAAGGCACACUUGUACGACUGUCUCCCUUGGAAGGAGAGUGGAAGUACUACAACAUUAUGCAGAGAAGCAUGGAGAAAUUUGACACUCUCCUGCUCUGUUUUGACUUUUUUUCCCCCUCAUGUGAUAAGGCUUUCAUUCAAGGAAGCCACAGCCCUGAGUUUGCAAGAUCUGAGCAGGGCUUUUGAUGACCAGGACUGUUGGAAGUCUCACAUUCAUAGGGUCACAAUAAAUUAAAGCUGACUUGAUGGCAAUUAACAGCAACAAGUGCAUAUUUUCUUUCCCCCUCCCUCAAUCUAUAUCAAGAAAAGGAAUAUUUAACUUAAUAUCAGUGUUUUUAUAGGCAUAUGUUCAUAAAGGCACUAAGAAGAUGAACAAAUCAGGAUGAGUAACUGAGGCCUUGCAGGUUUUGUUGUACUGUAACACUCAUCAGUCCCAACCAGCAUAGACAAAUCCAAACAACAAAUGGAAGCUCCACAAGUUGCCCACCCCUGAGAUAUAUCAGAACUUCAGCCCUAUACACAUUUACUUGGGAGUAAGAUCCAUUCACUCAGGAUCUGUCUACAUUACUAUAUUACCUGAAUUCCUUCUGAGUUGGCUGCAUACUCUUUACACUACGCAGCCUCAAAACCCCAAAUCAAGUAUGAGCUGUUUACAGAAUGCCUGGACCUGAGUGAGGGUUUCUAUUCCUUGAGAAGCUGCAUUAAAAAGACUUACUUUUUGCUCUGGUUUUCCCCAGAAAUCUCAGUACAAAAGACAGGAAUGAUGGGCAGCUGUGUUUCCAUGCAGUCCCUGCUGAGUCUCUCUGUGAUCAGAAUGAGGCUUGGUGCCUUGUGUUGACCUCAGAGCGACUCAUAGCCACAGCUGCAGUGCUGGCCGGCUCAUAUGGACAGCAUGGGAAGGCAGCUACCCAUUGUUGCCAUUUUUUGCUACAGCAAGUAAGAGGUGGAUUGGAUUGGAAUUUGGGGCCAGAAUAUUCUAGGGACAGCCCGGAGUAUUCUGGCAAAUGCAGUCAAGCCCUCAGUCAAGUUCACUUCUGAGUAAACAUGCAUAUGCUUCAGUACUUGGUCUGUAACAAGCAAAACAGAUAGGUUUGGAACAUUGUUAUUUAUGUUUUUUUCUUAGACGCGGUCCAUAUGUUUCUUUCAACCAUGAAUAUCUUAGUCAUUAUUAAAACUGAGCAAUACAAUAGUUAUUGAGAUAUAGCACAUGGCAUAAAAUGGGAGAUAAGGACCCAAGCAAUUUAAAUUCACUCAAGAAGGUAUAAACACAACAUGUGAUUUUUUCCAAUAUAUAUUUAUACGGGUCAAAUACCCACCUGAAUACAAUAGAAAGUUUUAAAUUAAAGUUCAGCUAGAUCAGGGACUCUUUCAGCCUCAACAACUGUGUUUGGGCUAUUGCUGUAUUAUUAGUUGCUAUAGCUUUCAUACAUUUCUAUUAAAAAUAAACUUCUAAAUGAC